AUGGGGUCCUCUACAGAUGACAAUGCAGGCGCUGACGAGGACAGGCGAGGUGUGCGCCGGCGGUUGUCUAGUUCCAAACAUAGAAUAGAAACAACAGAGAGACAAUCACAACAUCAUUCUUCAACACCGUUGUCAGCGCGGGAAGUUGUGCCUACGGUUUCUUCUUUUGAAAAGAAGGCGGUGAGUGGUCCUUUUUUUAUCAUCACGGAGGAAGUUGCGUGGCGUAGGGAGUUGGGUGAGGCGAACUUGUCGCCCUUUGCUGAGGUGGAGCGGUGUUGGGAGGAGCAUCGCGCAACGGGAAAAAUGCACCAUGAGCCCCCGUGGCGAGUUUGCGCAGCGGCCGAGGACAACCGCGAGCACCCGUACUUUAUGCGGUGGCUAGAUACCGUGGAACUUCCCCCGUUGCAGGAGCUAUUAAAUAAAACAGUUUGUAGCGGCAGCGCUCCUGCUGAACACGGCAGUGGUUUUGAGAAGCAGUUUGUUGUGCAGAAAGAUAACCAGUGCAGUGGACGCGAAACGUAG